CUCCUCCCGCCGCUCCCCCCCCGCUCCCGCAGCUCCGCAGUCCGGCGCAGCCCCGGCCGGAGAAAAUGGCGGAUCGCGCCGAGAUGUUCUCGCUCUCCACCUUCCACUCGCUCUCCCCGCCCGGCUGCCGGCCCCCCCAGGACAUCAGCCUGGAGGAGUUCGAUGACGAGGACCUGUCGGAGAUCACGGACGACUGCGGCAUCGGCCUCAACUACGACUCGGACCACUACGAGAAGGACUGCCUGGUGCUGGAGCGCGGGGAGCAGCCGCACCCCGUGUGCACCUUCCAGGACGACUUCCAGGAGUUCGAGAUGAUCGACGACAACGACGACGACGACGACGAGGAAGAGGAGGAGGAGGAAGGCAACGAGCUGGAGGCGCCGCCGUCCCCCUCGGCCUCGCCCAUCCCCUCGCCCGCCCUGGAGGAGACGCAGAAGCACCGCCCCACCACGCUCAACCUGACGGCCCCGGGCACCCAGGAUUCCCUGAACAACAACGGCGGCUUCGCCCCGCCCGCGCCGCGCCCCAGCUGGCAGGACGCGCUGCUGCACUCCUCCUCCUCCUCCUCUUCCUCACACACCGGACACUCGUCCCCCCACGCCUGCAUCCUGGACGGACCCUGCCUGGAGAGCCCGCCGGGCCCCGGGGGGGCUCCCCCUUCGCUGCCGCCCUCCCCCCUGGACUCGCAAGGCAACAGCCCCGAGUCCCUGGCACAUGGUAACCCAUCGCCCCCGAGAGCCGCGCCCGAUUUUAACAUGAACCUCAUCUCCGCUGCGCUCCGAGCUCCGCUCUCCCCGCCGCGCCCCCGCCAGCAGCCCCCGCCUCACCCCUGUCUCUCUCCAACAGGGCCCGCGGCUCCCCCCGGCGCCCCCGAGGCCGCCCCCCCGCCCCAGGCCGCCCCCCAGGCCCCCACGCAGCCCCAGGGCGGCGGCAGCCCGGGGUCCCCCCGCCCGCAGCCGCAGCCGCGGCCCCCCCGGCCGGAGCGGGACGGGGCUCCCGCGGAGCCGCUCAGCUCCGACGGGGAGGGCGCCCAGUCCGGCCGGGCCGCCAGCGUGCGCGGCCACCCCUCGGGCUCCUCGGAGACCACCUCGCCCUCCUCGGACCCGGGCAUCGAGGCCGACCUGACGAGCCGCACGGCCAAGCCCUUCCUGCCCGGCGGGCGGCGCGGGGACGAGCUGAGCUCGCCCGGCUCUGACUCGGACGUGGACGGGGAGCUCGAGGCGGCUUUCGCCGGCGGGCGCCUGGUCAGCAACAUGAUCUCGUCCAUCUCGGAGACCGAGCUGGACCUCAGCAGCGACAGCAGCAGCGGCCGCUCGUCCCACCUGACCAACUCCAUCGAGGAGGCCAGCUCGCCCGGCUCCGAGGGCGAGCUGGAGCCCGAGCUGGAGGCGCCCGGCCUGCUGGGCAUCAAGGACUCGCUGCUGCUGGACAAGGGCAAGGAGGACGAGGAGGAGCCGGCCGAGAGGGGCCCGCCGGAGCGCGGCGUGCUCAGGAGGGAGAGCCUGGCCGAGCUGAAGAUGGAUGCCUACUACGACAGCCUGGACCCGGCCGACGGCCCCGCGCCCGAGGGCCAGACCGACGUGUCCAGCGCCAGCCCCCUGGACCUGAAGAUCGACCCCGACCACAGCCUGGAGAGCAUCCGCCGCUCCUUCUACCUGCCCGUGGGGCCCAAGCUGAUGCCCGAGGCGGACGAAGAGGACAACAGCGAGUACGACUCCGACUCGGAGUCGGAGCCCGACCUGAGCGAGGACUCGGACUCGCCGUGGCUGCUCAGCAACCUGGUGAACAAGAUGAUCUCGGAGGGCUCGUACCCCAUCAAGUGCCCGGACGAGUGCUUCCAGAACAGCCACUCGCUGUGCGACACCAUCUCGCCCGCCUCCGACCUGGAGCCCGAGAUCCUGAGCGAGGCGCUGGACGAGGAGCCGGCCCCGCGGGACUCGCCGGCGGCGCUGGCGGACGCGGCGGCGGCGGGGGCGCGGUGCCAGCGCGGCGCCAUCGAGCUGGUGGACAUGGAGACGCUGCGCAGCUCCCUGGCCGAGGCCGAGCACGCGGCCGCGGAGCCGCCGCCGGAGCCGCCGGCCGAGGAGCCGGGGCCCUUCCUGUUCCUCAGCAACCCCACCAACGACACCAUCGCGCCCGUGUGUCCCGGCCGCCCCGUCGCCCUCGGCCGCCUGGACGCCUCCGAGGUCCUGGCCACCCUGGGCUGCCGCCCGGCGUCGCUGCCACGGGUGUCCCCCGGCGCCGAGCCCGCCGUCACCGGCGGGGAUCGCCGCCCCGCCAGCCCCCGGCGCUGGGCCCUCGACGGGGACCUGGACUCGGGCGUGCUGGAGGCCGACUCCAUGAUCGACGACGUCCGGUUAGCGCCCGACGCCGACCCCGCCGCGCUGGACGUGUCCACGGCCAAGACCAACCGCGGCUUCGCCAUGGCCUUGGAGGAGGCCGAGCCGCCCUUGGUGGCCCCGCGCCGGGGCAGCCCCGCCGGGGAGGCGCCGGUGCCGCCGGAGCCGCCGGCGCUGGACGAGUCGCUGGCCUACGACUCGGUCAAGUACACGCUGGUGGUGGACGAGCACACGCAGCUGGAGCUGGUCAGCCUGCGGCGCUGCACGUCCGUGCUCAGCGACGACAGCGACAUCCUGAGGGCCUGCGACGACGAGGUGGCCUUUGGGGACGGGCUGGUGGCCCCCGACGCGCGCAGCUCCUCCGAGGACUCGUCCCCCGAGGCCGACCUGCAGUUCUCCAAGAAGUUCCUCAACGUCUUCGUCAACAGCACCUCGCGCUCCUCCAGCACAGAGUCCUUCGGGCUGUUCUCCUGCAUGGUGAACGGCGAGGAGCGGGAGCAGACCCACCGCGCCGUCUUCAGGUUCAUCCCGCGGCACGAGGACGAGCUGGAGCUGGACGUGGACGACCCCAUCCUGGUGGAGCUGGAGGAGGACGAUUACUGGUACCGCGGCUACAACAUGCGCACGGGCGAGCGCGGCAUCUUCCCCGCCUUCUACGCCCACGAGGUGGUGGGGCAGGCCCGGGAGGCCGCCGGCCUGAAGCGGAACCCGUGCUGGGUGGAGCGGUUCAACGUGCAGUUCCUGGGCUCCGUCGAGGUCCCGUACCACCAGGGCAACGGCAUCCUCUGCGCCGCCAUGCAGAAGAUCGCCACCACCCGCAAGCUGACGGUGCACCUGCGGCCCCCGGCCAGCUGCGACCUGGAGGUGACACUGCAGGGCAUCAAACUGAUCCUGACCGUCACCGAGUACAGCCCCGAGCACGAGUUCGAGCGCUGCAGCCACUUCUUCCAGAUGAAGAACAUCUCCUUCUGUGGGUGCCACCCCCGCAACAGCUGCUAUUUCGGGUUCAUCACCAAGCACCCGGUGCUGAGCCGCUUCGCCUGCCACGUGUUCGUGUCGCAGGAGUCCAUGAGACACGUGGCCGAGUGUGUCGGCCGAGCGUUUCAGGAAUAUUACCAGGAGCACCUGGAGUACGCCUGCCCCACAGAGGACAUCUACCUGGAGUAGGGUCCCUGCCACCCCCGGGCUCGGGGCCACCCCCGGGCUCGGGGCCACCCCCGGGGCUCGGUGUCACCCCCAGGGACUCGGGGUCACCCUUAGGGACUCUGUGUCACCCUUAGGGACUUAGGGCCACCCCUGGGACUCAGGGUCACCCCAGGGACUCGGGGUCACCCCUGGGACUCUGUGUCACCCCCAAGGACUCGGUGUCACCCUUAGGGACUCGGGGUCACCCCUGGGACUCUGUGUCACCCCCAAGGACUCGGUGUCACCCUUAGGGGCUCGGUGUCACCCCCAGGGACUCUGUGUGACCCCAGGGACUCUCUGUGUGACCCCCAGAGUCUCUGGCUCCCCCUCGCACCCUCCGCACGCCCCCUCCCCACCUCUCGGGGGUCCGGGGGUCCCCUCGGGGGGUGACCCAGCCCGGGGGGGGGGUGACACGGCCCGAGCAGCCCCCCCUGCAUGAGCACGGCCAGCCCGGGGGGCAGCGGGCCCGCGGCUUUGGGGGCACGGCGGG